CUCCAGUACGUUCUCCAGCCUGGACACACACUGAGGCUGUCUAUAAAUAGGUCUACAGUCACCCCAAAGGCUACAGAACACGCCAGCUACUAUUUAUGAUUAUAGCUACUACUUCAACUGGCUCCUGUACUUCAGUCUGUAUAUUUACUUGGAUUACAACUUCAACUUUGAAUACUUCAAGUAUUCAAAUGUUUAGCACCUAGUUUUGUCAUUUGUUUAGUUAUUGUUUUGUUACAAUUGGACCAGUGGAUUUUUGAAGUUGUUCAGUGAUGGCAAAGUGGGGACAGGGCGACCCCCGGUGGAUUGUAGAGGAACGAGCAGACGCCACUAACGUUAACAACUGGCACUGGACUGAGCGUGAUGUCACUUCCUGGUCGGAGGAGCGUCUGAAGGCCCUGCUGCUGGAGGUCAAAGUGGAGGGGUCAGAGGGCGUGUGCCAGGUGACUGACGUGAGUAAACUGGAGGGAGAGGCCUGUAUCAACAACCGCAAAGGAAAACUCUUCUACUUCUACGAGUGGGUCAUCCGAGCCAACUGGACAGGAACUUCCAAGACUGGAGUGAAGUAUAGAGGGACGGUGGACGUGGCCAACCUGUCAGAUGAAAACGACGCAGACGAGCUGGAUAUCUGUGUGGCUCUGUGUGCAGACCACCCUCCCACUCCUCUGGUGCAACUUAUGAAGAGCAAAGGCAUCCCUGAAGUCCGCCACGCUCUGGACAACUACACCAAGCAACUCAAAAGUGAGUUCAGUCAGGGGAUGAUUCUGCCCACAGCCAAUGGACCAAAAGCCCCGCCCCCUCCAGCCCAGAGUAAACCACAGGUGCAGAGUAAAACACAGAUCAGUUCAGGUCCCUCGAGUGGCGCCACCUGCAGUGUGGGAAAGACAUCGACUCAAAACAUCCAACUGAGGGAAACGUUUUUCACCACACCAGACGAAGUGUACACUACAUUCAUCAGCCAAGAUUUUGUGCAGAUCUUCACACGUUCACCGGCUCAGGUCGACGCUCGCAACGGAGGAAAGUUCCAGCUCCUCGACGGCUCCAUCAGCGGAGAGUUUGUGCAGCUGGUCCCAGACAAAGGCAUAGAGAUGAAGUGGAGGUUCAGGUCAUGGCCCAAAGACCACUUUGCCACAGUGAUCCUUCUGUUUGAGGACAGAGGAGGAGAGACAGGUCUUUCUGUGGACAUUCAGGGCAUCCCCUCUGGGUUUGAGGACAGCACUAGAGAAGGCUGGACCCGCUUCUACCUCCAGGCCAUCAAGCAGACUUUUGGAUACUAAAACUACUCAUUACAAAUUAUUAAGAACUUUGGAUACAAGAACUACUCAAUACAGGCCAAUGAAGAGAACUCAGUCGAACUAUUCACUCAUUACACUGCAUUCACACCAAGAGUGACAUGAGCAAUUUGAGUGAACAGCUCCCAGUUAUUUCCUCUGCAGGCUGGAAGAGCAGCCUGGAGGAGCAGCCUGGAGGAGCAGCCUGGAGGAGCAGCCUGGAGGAGCAGCCUGGAGGAGCAGCCUGGAGGAGCAGCCUGGAGUAGAGAGUAGAUGAGAUAGAGGAAGUGCUGAGGAAACUAGUGUGAUCUGAGCUUAGCAGAGUUGAACUGGAGUUAACUUUAUGCAAAUGUGGAGUGAUAUCGCCAUGGCAACAGCCACUCAGAGAAUACCUUCUGACAGACACAUGUUAGGCAUUGGUCGAGGCCCUAAACUCACUCCUAAAUACCCCCGUCCGUGGUUGAAUCCCCAUAGAGAGCUGGAGACAACUAGAGAGCGAAAUGAGAGCAGAGAAGCUCUUUUGACGCUUUUGGUGUGUGUGCGGUGCAAAGCAGAACUUUUGAUACUAGAACUACUCAGUAUAGAGUAUCAACAAGAACUACAACUGUAAAACAGAUCAAUAAGGAGAACUUUAUAAACAAGAACCACUCACUCCAUUAAGCAGACCACUGGAUACUAGAACUACUCAAUACAGACCAAUAAGAAGAACUGGUCAUCCCAUCAGGCCACCUGGAACAACUUACUCCUGACUAAUGCAAACCAAGCACUAUUUUACCAUCAUAAAUGCUUAUACUG